AUGCAGAACUUGACUUUUGUAACACCAAAUGGAAGUUCUACUAUUUUGUAUAACAGUUAAGGAAUCAAUGCCAUAUAUUGUUUUCUUGGCACUAAGCCUUGGGGUUUUUGCAGUAUGUUGUGGCAGUCAUACUCUACAGUAUCACUUAACGUUGAUAUCAGCCCCUAACCCUGGUGUGCCACAAUAUACAAUCACUGCGUAUAUAGAUGGCGUGAAGUAUGGAAAGUACGACAGCGAUGUACACCAUACUCAGGUUUUGACCCCUUUGCUGAGUUUACUGACUGAGCACCUGGAGAUGCAGACUAAACAUGCUCAGGAAUUGGAGGUUAUUCAGAAGCACAAGAUGAAAUUUCUAAUGGGCUUUCUGAACAAGACACGUGGAAAUGAAGCAUUUCAUGUCUACCAGAGGACGUUUGCCUGUGAGCUGAAUGAGGACAGUACCAUUAAUGGAUAUGAGGAGAUUGCGUAUAAUGGCAAAGAGGUUAUAACAUUCGAUAAAGAGCGGGUGGUGUAUGUACCAGCAAUGCAGGAGGCUCUGGUUAUAACUCAGCUGUGGAAUAAGCGCUAUGAUCAUGCAAAGAUGAAUAAGAUGUACAUGGAGAAUGAAUGUAUCCAACACAUGAACCUGUAUCUGACUUAUAUAUUAACUGAUUUGGAGAGGAAAGUUCUCCCUAAGGUGAAGGUUUUAAGUUCUGAAACAGCUGGAGGAAGAAUACUGCACUGCUGGGUGUAUGGGUUCUACCCCCGAGAUGUGGAAGUGAAGUGGAUAAAGAAUGGGAGAGAUGAGAUUUACUCCGAGGAAUCAGCAGAGAUCCUGCCAAACCCUGAUGGCACCUAUCAGAUCAGAGUCAGUGUGGAGGUAACACCAGAGGAGGGCGCCACUUACUCCUGCCAUGUGGAUCACAGCAGUUUGGAGAAUCCCCUGGUUGUACCAUUUGAACAAAACCAUGGAAAACUGAACAGCAUGAUCCUGGUUGGUGGAGCAGUUCUACUGGUCACUCUGGUUGCUCUGGGAAUAUGUUCACAUAGAAGGAGAACAUAGAAAGGAUUUCUUUUCCAUUCUUGUGUGCUAAAGUAUUAAAGAUCACUUAAGGCCACAGCAGCUGUGGAGACAAGUGAACUCUAACACCUUGAGAAGUAUCAAAGUAGUCGGCAGCAGGUCCACUUUGGGCAUUCAUAGACAUAUUUCAGCCUCAGAGAUUGAUCUCAGUGUAUAACCCUUUACACAUCUGGAGAGAGUGACUUUAUUACCUCUAAAUUAGUUUAUUACUAACAUCAUAAUUAACCCAUAAGUACUCACAUGUAUGGACUGCUUCAGUAACCACUAGGCAGGCACGUUUCAGGGGG